AAAAGAAUAGGCAACAUCGCAGAAUUCUAGUGACUUUUUGUUUUGAAGGGUUCGCGGUGAAGUCUAACCUGCAAAAUUGUUGUGAAGGUUCCUAAAUAGUCUAUGGUUGGUAAAUUCCUAAACAUAAACUUAACGUGAAUUUUAAUAUUUGUAUUCUAACGUGAAUUGUGCCUAUAAUAGUGUUUAUUGUGGUUUGUUGCACGGCAGGCAGGAACAAAAAUAAUUUAGCUUAUAAUGGAGCAAGAGCAAAAUCCUUGCCAAGAUACAAGUUCUUCAAAAAAAAGAGCACCGAAUUAUGCAAACAACGAAAAGGAGUAUUUGCUUAAUUUAAUUGAAAAGUAUAAAAACAUAAUCGAAAAUAAAAAAACCGAUGGUGUCUCAGUAAAAGAAAAAAAAGAGACAUGGGAAAAAAUUUGCCAAGAGUUUAAUAGUGCUUCGCCAAGCUUGCACUACAGGCCAAUGCAAUCACUUAAAAAAAACAUAUGAAAAAAUGAAAGAAGAGAUAAGAAAGAAAACGGCUGAAUUGAAAAAAGAAUUGUACAAAACAGGAGACGGGCCUGGACCUUGUCCUGAGCCAAACAAGAAUAGCCGACAUGAUGAAUUGUUGAUGUCGAUUAUGAGCAAGAAAUCAGUUUUUGGAUUAGGAAGUCAGUUUGAUUCCAAUAUGGGGGUGAAUUUACAUGAUGCCGGGCAUGAUAUGCAGAAUAAUUUGAAAAGUUCUGCUGCCACAGGAACAUUAUUAUAUGAUACAGAGCUGUCAGACGUUGAAAACAAUAAUGAGGAGGUGAUUUUAAUAAAAUGUAGCUUAAUUCGUGCAGAUGACCCCAAACCGUUCCUGAAUAGAACCACAAAAUCAACUCAAACACAAGCGAAUGAAACAGAAGCAUCAACUCAGAGUCAUUCAGAGGUGCCUUCAUGCAGUAGAAAUAUCAGCAACGACAUAGAAAUUAUUUAUGAGCAACCUGAAAGUCAACCAUCGCAUGUGUGGAAAAAAAGCGAAAACCUGAAAAGGCCCAUUAGCAGUGUUUUAAAAGGAAAUAUCGAUAAGACCACACAAGGUAAAAAAAAAUUUGAAAAUUCAUCUCGAAGAAGACCAAAUACAGUGGUUCCACUAACUUCAUCUAGAUUGGGAGAAAAGUAUGAAUUGCUUGUGGAUAAAAAGCUUGAAUUAGUGGAAUGUUUGAAAAAGGAACAUCAAUUGAGAAUGGAAGCGUUGCAAUUGGACAUUCAAUUGAAAAAAAAAACAUCUCUCUUCUAUAGCUUACUCUAAGGAUUCUAAUGAGUGUUUGCUGGAAUCACAAAUGCUAUAUUAGAUCUAAAAAAUCUAGAGUUAUUUACUUGCUUGUGUCUGUCUGUGUUAAUUAAUUUUAGGAAAAUGUGUUUUUGUUUUGGAUAUAAUUAUAUUAUAAAUACAUUAUUAAAAUAUUCCAAUAAUAAUU